AUGGUGACUAGACAGCAAACGGGCAAGCUCAAACCGCAAACUCCAUGGUCUCCAAAGUUAAAUAAUGUGACUGCUUCUUUCUCAGUACCUAGUUGCUAUACUCAAGCUGUCAAAGAUCCAAAUUGGCGUGAUGCCAUGAUUCAAGAGCUUAAUGCUUUAAUUCAAGCCGGAACUUGGAAAUUCGUCCCUCGGGACAAGGCACAGAAUAUAGUUGGUUGUAAAUGGGUGUUCAGAGUUAAACAGAAAUCUAAUGGCAGUAUUGAUAGAUAUAAGGCUUGCCUUGUUGCUAAAGGAUAUCAUUAA